AUGACGCCCAGCUUCUCGCGGAUCGCGGCGGUGGCUGCCGCUUUGGCCUCUGUCGCCAAUGCGCUGUACAUCAAUGGCUCUGUCGUUGCUCCGUGCGAUUCGCCCAUUUACUGCCAUGGAGAUGUCCUCUCCGGCGUCGAGCUGGCCAAGCCCUUUGUCGACUCCAAGACCUUCGUCGACAUGCCGACGCUCAAGCCCCGGGACCAGGUCAUCGCGGCGUUCAACAACCUGACCAGGCCGCUCAGCAACAACACCGAGCUCAACAACUUCCUCAAGGAGUACUUUGCGCCCGCCGGCGGCGAGCUCGAGGAGGUGCCCGACAGCGAGCUCAACACCGACCCGCAGUUCCUCAACAAGCUCAACGACACCGUCAUCAAGGAGUUUGUGCAAAAGGUCGUCGACAUCUGGCCCGACCUGACGCGCCGCUACCGCGGGUCCGCCACCAACUGCACCGAGUGCGAGGACAGCUUCAUCCCCGUCAACCGCACCUUUGUCGUCGCCGGCGGCCGCUUCCGCGAGCCCUACUACUGGGACUCGUACUGGAUCCUCGAGGGCCUGCUGCGCACCGGCGGCGCCUUCACCGGCAUCGCCAAGAACACCAUCGAGAACUUCCUCGACUUUGUCGACAAGAUCGGCUUCGUGCCCAACGGCGCCCGCAUCUACUACCUCAACCGAUCCCAGCCGCCCCUGCUGUCGCAGAUGGUCCGCAUCUACAUCAAGCACACCAACGACACGAGCAUCCUCGACCGCGCGAUCCCGCUGCUGAUCAAGGAGCACAACUUCUUCAUCAACAACCGCUCGGUCGAGGUCACGGCGGCCAACGGCAAGACGUACAAGCUCCAGAGGUACGGGGUGCAAAACACCCAGCCCAGGCCCGAAUCGUACCGCGAGGACUACGUCACGGCCAGUAACAAGUCAUACUACGCCGAGUCGGGUAUAAUCUACCCCGAGACCGUCGCCCUGAACGACUCGCAAAAGGCCCUGCUGUACCGCGAGCUGGCCAGCGGCGCCGAGUCGGGCCUCGACUACGGCACGCGCUUCAUCGCCCGCCCCAACGACGCGGCCAAGGACGUCUACUUCCCGCUGCGCUCCCUCAACGUCAGCGGCAUGGUCGCCGUCGACCUCAACUCGAUCCUCUACUGGAACGAGGUCCAGAUCGGCCGCUACCUCAACCUGACGGGCAACGCGACCGAGGCGUCCCGGUGGGCCGACAUGGCCAGGAACCGCAGCGAGGCCAUGUACAACGUCAUGUGGAACGAGACGCUCUUCAGCUACUUCGACUACAACAUGACCUCGGGCGCGCAGAACAUCUACAUCCCCGCCGACGCCGACGCCGACGCCCAGGACAGGGCCACGGCGCCCGAGGGCCAGCAGGUGCUCUUCUUCGUGGGCCAGCUGUACCCCUUCUGGACGGGCGCCGCGCCCGCCAGCCUCAAGGACAACCCGCUCGCCGUCAAGACGGCCUACGCCCGCGUCGCGCGCUACCUCGACGAGCGCGCCGGCGGCGUGCCGGCCUCCAACUUCAACUCGGGCCAGCAGUGGGACCAGCCCAACGUGUGGCCGCCGCUCAUGCACACCCUCAUGGACGGCCUGCUCAGCACGCCCGCGACGUUCGGCGAGGACGACCCGGCCUGGCGGGACACGCAGGCCCUGGCGCUGCGGCUGGGCCAGCGCUACGUCGACUCGACGUUCUGCACGUGGUACGCGACGGGCGGGUCGACGUCCGAGACCCCGCAGCUCCAGGGCUUGACGGCGCGGGACAAGGGCACCAUGUUUGAGAAGUACGGCGACAACGCGACCAACGUGGCCGGGGGGGGCGGCGAGUACGCCGUCGUCGAGGGGUUCGGCUGGACCAACGGCGUGCUCAUCUGGGCGGCCGACACGUUUGGCAGCCGGCUGAGGCGGCCCGACUGCGGCAACAUCACGGCCGCCAAGGUGACGCCCGGGACCAAGAAGGCGCGGAGGGCGGUCGAGCUGGACCACUUUGACGCGGCGUGGGUGAAGAAGUUUGGCCGGGGGCGGGAGAGAUGA